CCAACAACCGCCAUGUCGUCUCUUUUCGAGAUGACCGUUCUAUGUUCCGGCAAAUCCUUCAUUGCGGCUGUUUUCCGCCCCGUCCAUGAUCUCCAUGCCGGCCUAUCUCUCCCCAAACUCAAAGUUCCACACAUCCUGGGACUGCCCGACGAGCUCCUCAGCGAGAUAUUCUCCCAUCUCGUUGACCCGUGGUUCUCCACAUUCAACCGCAGAAAUCCGGUGUGGGCGUUGACGAAAGUGUGUGUUCGGUGGAGGGAAAUAGCUGUCCAUGACCCGCGUUUCUGGCGCGACAUUAACUGCCGAGAUUGGAUAGCGGACGACAUCGAAAAGACUUCGACGCAUUCCAACUACUCGCGGGCAGUCAAUCGCACAGAAUUGCAGGUGUCGCGGUCUGCUCAAGCCCCGUUGACGCUGGAGCUCAUACCCGGUCCGGCACCCACAUUAACCUACGACAUCUUUGCUCGCCUCCUGGCCUCCUCCGAUCGGCUCGAAUCUGCCAUUCUCAUACUCGACAACAACCUCAUGCAGCGCUUCUUGGAGCACAAGGCUGGUUUUCCGGCGCUGAAACGACUACGGAUCGCGUCGACAGAUGAGCAAGAUGAAGCUAUACCCAAGUUACUUCAAGGACUUACCGCCUUGGAGGAUUUGCGGUUCGUUGACCAACUUCGGCCACAGUGGCUGCCCUCUCUCGUUCCUGUUUGGAAUCGUCUCAACAACUGCGAGCUCAAGCAUUGCGUUGUAGAUGAUGUUCUACUCGUUAUGCCGCAUUUCCUUCCGGGCACCCGCCUUGCCAUCGUUUCCGGACUAUUUGCCCGUGAUCUGGAGUCGCUUAAGCCCGUCGAAGAAUGCCACAUCUUUUCGCUGUCGUUCGACCAAUGCAACGACAUGUAUAUCACCGAAGUCCUCAAUAACACAACCGCGCCAUCUCUGAAACGACUAGCCAUUUGGCAGUACCAGCGGGAGCCAUUUGACACUCUUUCGGCGAUGCUCACCCGCUCUUCUGCGGCACUGACCCACCUUGCGCUGGGUUUGCCCAGCAUCUCCAACGUUCCCGACUUUGAUGUCACCUCCACGAUCUCGCUGCUCGCAUUCCUCAACUCGUCACAUGGCGAAAGCCUCGUCGAUCUCGACCUCCAACUUUUUGACUCCUACCAUUCUGCCAACAACCAUCUCGUCAAGUCCCUCGCGCUCAUUCCGAGCACGUGGCAGCUUGCGCCGCAUCUCCCGCUCCCUUCGCUCCCCAACCUGCGGGCCCUUGCUUUAAGAGGUUACAUGGAUGACGGGUACGAUGGGGAGCGUCGCCUGCUCAUGUUUGCGGCCCACCAUUACCCUGUUCUGCAGUCGCUGUGGAUCGAGGGGGCGUUGCCUGUCUUCUCCAAGAAGUCUAUAGAGGCAUUGCACGACCAUGGCGUCGAGUUCGUAAGGUCAUACGACAUGGGCUGGUGGUAG